GGAGGAGGAGAGUCUGAGUUGAAGGAGCUCAAGCUGCUGCACUCUUUGUCUUGUUUGGAGCCUUAAUGAGUUUACUAUGCUGCUCUACUCAGUGCUACUCCUUACAGUCAGAGCAGGACUCACUAAUGGAGAUGAGAUUACUCCAGACAGGACUGAGGUGUCUGAUGUGGAGGGGUCUAAUUUAACCCUUUCAUGCAACUACUCCUCUUCAGUUUCAGUCUAUAUACUGUGGUAUCGACAGCAUCCAAACUUAGCUCCUCAGUAUCUUCUAACCACUUACACUGUUGACAACAAAUUCUUGAUAUCAGAUGCAGACCCCCGUUUGUCUGCGAGAAUGACUAAAGAGAAAGGAUAUCUGCACCUCUCCUCUGCUGAACUCUCAGACUCUGCACUCUACUACUGUGCCCUGCAGCCCACAGGCCGGACCUACAUUAUUCUGGGCUGUCUUCGUAAGAGUGUUGGGAACUCCAUUACCCCAGAGAGUCUGGUAUACUCUUCAGUAGAGGGAAAUGAUCUAAAGCUCUCCUGCAGGUAUAAAGUGUCUGUUAGAAGUCUACAUUGGUAUCGCCAGUUCUCCAAUUCAGUACCACAGUUCCUGAUCCUGGAAUAUGAAGGUUUUGUGAACAAUGCAACUCCUCCUGUUCCUGGGAUAUCCAUAAAACAUGAAAAGACAGAAAAGCUGGUUUCUCUGCACCUCUCCUCUGCUAAGAUGACAGACUCUGCUCUCUACUACUGUGCCCUGGAGCCCACAAUGUCCAAUGACUUCCCCAGAUACAUGGUUAAAGUGUUUCCUUCUGGGACUGAGUAUGAUGAUCAUGUGAACAAGAGGAGAUUUCAUGCUGAGCUCAACGACUCCAGUGUUUCCCUGACCAUCCAGGAUCUACAAGUGUCUGACUCUGCUGUAUACUACUGUGCUCUGAGGCCCACAGUGACAGCUGCACACUCAACACUCAUACAAAAACGUUGA